GCUGCUCCAACAACACUGCAACCUACAACUACUGCUGCACCUACGACAGCAGCACCUACUACUGUUGCAACAACAAAAGCAGCACCUACAACUACUGCUGCACCUACAACAGCAGCCCCUACUACUGUUGCAACAACAACAGCAGCACCUACAACUGUUGCAACAACAACAGCAGCACCUACAACUACUGCUGCUCCGACAACGGUGCAACCUACAACUACUGCUACACCUACGACAGCAGCCCCUACUACUGUUGCAACAACAACAGCAGCACCUACAACUACUGCUGCUCCGACAACGGUGCAACCUACAACUACUGCUGCACCUACAACUGCAGCCCCUACUACUGUUGCAACAACAACAGCAGCACCUACAACUACUGCUGCUCUGACAACGGUGCAACCUACAACUACUGUUUCACCUACGACAGCCGCACCUACUACUGUUGUAACAACAACAGCAGCAGCACCUACAACUACUGCUGCACCUGCAACAGCAGCCCCUACUACUGUUGCAACAACAACAGCAGCACCUACAACUACUGCUGCUCCAACAACGGUGCAACCUACAACUACUGCUUCACCUACAACUGCAGCCCCUACUACUGUUGCAACAACAACAGCAGCACCUACAACUACUGCUGUUCCGACAACGGUGCAACCUACGACUACUGCUUCACCUACGACAGCAGCACCUACUACUGUUGCAACAACAACAGCAGCACCUACAACUACUGCUGCUCUGACAACGGUGCAACCUACAACUUCUGCGUCACCUACAACUGCAGCCCCUACUACUGUUGCAACAACAACAGCAGCACCUACAACUACUGCUGCUCCAACAACGGUGCAACCUACAACUACUGCUGCACCUACAACAGCAGCCCCUACUACUGUUGCAACAACAACAGCAGCACCUAUAACUGUUGCAACAACAACAGCAGCACCUACAACUACUGCUGCAGCUACAACUACAGCUGCACCUACAACUGCAGCCCCUACUACUGUUGCAACAACAACAGCAGCACCUACAACUACUGCUGCUCCGACAACGGUGCAACCUACAACUACUGCUUCACCUGCUGCUCCGACUACGGUGCAACCUACAACUACUGCUGCUCCGACAACGGUGCAACCUACAACUACUGCUUCACCUACAACUGCAGCCCCUACUACUGUUGCAACAACAACAGCACCUACAACUACUGCUGCACCUACAACUACUGCUGCUCCGACAACGGUGCAACCUACAACUACUGCUUCACCUACAACUGCAGCCCCUACUACUGUUGCAACAACAACAGCACCUACAACUACUGCUGCUCUGACAACGGUGCAACCUACAACUACUGCUUCACCUACAACUGCAGCCCCUACUACUGGUGCACCUACAACAGCAGCCCCUACUACUGUUGCAACAACAACAGCAGCACCUACAACUGUUGCAACAACAACAGCAGCACCUACAACUACUGCUGCAGCUACAACUACUGCUGCACCUACAACUACUGCUGCUCCGACAACGGUGCAACCUACAACUACUGCUUCACCUACAACUGCAGCCCCUACUACUGUUGCAACAACAACAGCAUCUACAACUACUACUGCUCCGACAACGGUGCAACCUACAACUACUGCUUCACCUACAACUGCAGCCCCUACUACUGUUGCACCUACAACAGCAGCCCCUACUACUGUUGCAACAACAACAGCAGCACCUACAACUGUUGCAACAACAACAGCAGCACCUACAACUACUGCUGCUCCGACUACGGUGCAACCUACAACUACUGCUGCUCCGACAACGGUGCAACCUACAACUACUGCUUCACCUACAACUGCAGCCCCUACUACUGUUGCAACAACAACAGCACCUACAACUACUGCUGCACCUACAACUACUGCUGCUCCGACUACGGUGCAACCUACAACUACUGCUGCUCCGACAACGGUGGAACCUACAACUACUGCUUCACCUACAACUGCAGCCCCUACUACUGUUGCAACAACAACAGCACCUACAACUACUGCUGCUCCGACAACGGUGCAACCUACAACUACUGCUUCACCUACUACUGCUGCUUCACCUACAACUGCAGCCCCUACUACUGCUUCACCUACAACUACUGCUGCACCUACAACUACUGCUGCUCCGACUACGGUGCAACCUACAACUACUGCUGCUCCGACAACGGUGCAAGCAGCACCUACAACUACUGCUGAUCCGACUACGGUGCAACCUACAACUACUGCUGCUCCGACUACGGUGCAACCUACAACUACUGCUGCUCCGACAACGGUGCAACCUACAACUACUGCUUCACCUACAACUGCAGCCCCUACUACAGCAGCCCCUACUACUGUUGCAACAACAACAGCAGCACCUACAACUGUUGCAACAACAACAGCAUCACCUACAACUACUGAUGCACCUACAACUACUGCUGCACCUACAACUGCAGCCCCUACUAAUGUUGCAACAACAACAGCAGCACCUACAACUACUGCUGCUCCGACUACGGUGCAACCUACAACUACUGCUUCACCUACAACUGCAGCCCCUACUACUGUUGCAACAACAACAGCAGCAUCUACAACUACUGCUGCUCCGACUACGGUGCAACCUACAACUACUGCUCCUCCGACAACGGUGCAACCUACAACUACUGCUUCACCCGCUGCUCCGACAACGGUGCAACCUACAACUACUGCUGCACCUACAACAGCAGCACCUAUAACUGUUGCAACAACAACAGCAGCACCUACAACUACUGCUGCAGCUACAACUACUGCUGCACCUACAACUGCAGCCCCUACUACUGUUGCAACAACAACAGCAGCACCUAUAACUGUUGCAACAACAACAGCAGCACCUACAACUACUGCUGCACCUACAACUACUGCUGCUCCAACAAUGGUGCAACCUACAACUACUGCUUCACCUACAACUGCAGCCCCUACUACUGUUGCAACAACAACAGCAUCUACAACUACUGCUGCUCCGACAACGGUGCAACCUACAACUACUGCUUCACCUACAACUGCAGCCCCUACUACUGCUGCACCUACAACAGCAGCCCCUACUACUGUUGCAACAACAACAGCAGCACCUACAACUGUUGCAACAACAACAGCAGCACCUACAACUACUGCUGCAGCUACAACUACUGCUGCACCUACAACUGCAGCCCCUACUACUGUUGCAACAACAACAGCAGCACCUACAACUACUGCUGCUCCGACUACGGUGCAACCGAUAACUACUGCUUCACCUACAACUGCAGCCCCUACUACUGUUGCAACAACAACAGCACCUACAACUACUGCUACACCGACAACGGUGCAACCUACAACUACUGCUUCACCUACAACUGCAGCCCCUACUACUGUUGCAACAACAACAGCACCUACAACUACUGCUGCACCUACAACGGUGCAACCUACAACUACUGCUUCACCUACAACUGCAGCCCCUACUACUGUUGCAACAACAACAGCAGCACCUACAACUACUGCUGCUCCGACUACGGUGCAACCUACAACUACUGCUUCACCUACAACUGCAGCCCCUAGUACUGUUGCAACAACAACAGCACCUACAACUACUGCUGCACCUACAACGGUGCAACCUACAACUACUGCUUCACCUGCUGUUCCGACAACGGUGCCACCUACAACUACUGCUUCACCUACAACUGCAGCCCCUACUACUGUUGCAACAACAACAGCAGCACCUACAACUACUGCUGCACCUACAACUGCAGCCCCUACUACUGUUGCAACAACAACAGCAGCACCUGCAACUACUGCUGCUCAAACAACACUGCAACCUACAACUACUGCUGCACCUACGACAGCAGCACCUACUACUGUUGCAACAUCAACAGCAUCAUCUACAACUACUGCUGCACCUACAACUGCAGCCCCUACUACUGUUGCAACAACAACAGCAGCACCUACAACUACUGCUGCUCCGACAACGGUGCAACCUACAACUACUGCUACACCUACAACUGCAGCCCCUACUACUGUUGCAACAACAACAACAGCAGCACCUACAACUACUGCUGCUCCAACAACAACACUGCAACCUACAACUACUGCUGCACCUACGACAGCAGCACCUACUACUGUUGCAACAACAACAGCAGCACCUACAACUACUGCUGCACCUACAACUGCAGCCCCUACUACUGUUUCAACAACAACAGCAGCACCUACUACAAUUGUAACAACAACAGCAGCACCUACAACUACUGCUGCACCUACAACAGCAGCCCCUACUACUGUUGCAAAAACAACAGCAGCACCUACAACUACUGCUGCUCCGACAACGGUGCAACCUACAACUACUGCUUCACCUGCCGUUCCGACAACGGUGCAACCUACAACUACAGCUACACCUACAACUGCAGCCCCUACUACUGUUGCAACAACAACAGCAGCACCUACAACUACUGCUGUUCCGACAACGGUGGAACCUACAACUACUGCUACACCUACAACUGCAGCCCCUACUACUGUUGCAACAACAACAGCACCUACAACUACUGCUGCUCCGACAACGGUGCAACCUACAACUACUGCUUCACCUACAACUGCAGCCCCUACUACUGUUGCAACAACAACAGCAGCACCUACAACUACUGCUGCACCUACAACAGCAGCCCCUACUACUGUUGCAAAAACAACAGCAGCACCUACAACUGUUGCAACAACAACAGCAGCACCUACAACUACUGCUGCACCUACAACUGCAGCCCCUACUACUGUUGCAACAACAACAGCAGCACCUACAACUACUGCUGCUCCGACAACGGUGCAACCUACAACUACUGCUUCACCUACAACUGCAGCCCCUACUACUGUUGCAACAACAACAGCAGCACCUACAACUACUGCUGCUCCAACAACACUGCAACCUACAACUACUGCUGCAACAACAACAGCAUCACCUACAACUACUGCUGCACCUACAACUGCAGCCCCUACUACUGUUGAAACAACAACAGCAGCACCUACAACUACUGCUGCUCCGACAACGGUGCAACCUACAACUACUGCUUCACCUACAACUGCAGCCCCUACUAAUGUUGCAACAACAACAGCAGCACCUGCAACUACUGCUGCUCAAACAACACUGCAACCUACAACUACUGCUGCACCUACGACAGCAGCACCUACUACUGUUGCAACAUCAACAGCAUCAUCUACAACUACUGCUGCACCUACAACUGCAGCCCCUACUACUGUUGCAACAACAACAGCAGCACCUACAACUACUGCUGCUCCGACAACGGUGCAACCUACAACUACUGCUAAACCUACAACUGCAGCCCCUACUACUUUUGCAACAACAACAACAGCAGCACCUACAACUACUGCUGUUCCGACAACGGUGCCACCUACAACUUCUGCUUCACCUACAACUGCAGCCCCUACUACUGUUGCAACAACAACAGCAGCACCUACAACUACUGCUGCACCUACAACUGCAGCCCCUACUACUGUUGCAACAACAACAGCAGCACCUGCAACUACUGCUGCUCAAACAACACUGCAACCUACAACUACUGCUGCACCUACGACAGCAGCACCUACUACUGUUGCAACAUCAACAGCAUCAUCUACAACUACUGCUGCACCUACAACUGCAGCCCCUACUACUGUUGCAACAACAACAGCAGCACCUACAACUACUGCUGCUCCGACAACGGUGCAACCUACAACUACUGCUAAACCUACAACUGCAGCCCCUACUACUGUUGCAACAACAACAACAGCAGCACCUACAACUACUGCUGCUCCAACAACAACACUGCAACCUACAACUACUGCUGCACCUACGACAGCAGCACCUACUACUGUUGCAACAACAACAGCAGCACCUACAACUACUGCUGCACCUACAACUGCAGCCCCUACUACUGUUUCAACAACAACAGCAGCACCUACUACAAUUGUAACAACAACAGCAGCACCUACAACUACUGCUGCACCUACAACAGCAGCCCCUACUACUGUUGCAAAAACAACAGCAGCACCUACAACUACUGCUGCUCCGACAACGGUGCAACCUACAACUACUGCUUCACCUCACCUACGACUGGAGCCCCUACAACAGCUGCACCCACAACUGAAGCACAAACAACUGCGGAUCCUACGACGGCCCACAGACAACUGCAACUCCUACGACUGCAGCACCUACCACUGUUGGUCCAACAAAUGCAGCAAUUAUAACAGCAGCAGCUACAACUGCCUCACCUACAACAAGCAAUCCAACCGCUCCUACAACUGCGGCUCCUACGACGGCCGCACCUACAACCGAGGCUCCUACGACUGCAGCACCUACCACUGUUGCUGCUACCACAACGACAACAGAAGCCCCUACCACUAUCGCUCCUACAACUACAGCCCCUACAACACUUGCACCAACAACCGAGGUUCCUACGACUGCAGCAUCAACAACUGCCUCACCUACAACCGGCGCUCAAACGACAGCCAAACCUACAACAGCUGCAUCAACAACUGCAGCUCCUACAACAUUAGCACCUACGACUGGAGCCCCUACAACUGCAGCACCUACAACUGCCUCACCUACAACCGCACAGACAACUGCAACUCCUACGACUGCAGCACCUACCACUGUUGGUCCAACAAAUGCAGCAAUUAUAACAGCAGCAGCUACAACUGCCUCACCUACAACAAGCAAUCCAACGACGACCGCACCUACAACUGCAGCUCCUACGACUGCCACACCUACCACAGUCGCUCCUACAACUGCGGCUCCUACGACGGCCGUACCUACAACCGAGGCCCCUACGACUGCAGCACCUACCACUGUUGCUGCUACAACACCUACAACUGCCUCACCUACAACCGGCGUUCAAACGACUGCCAAACCUACAACUGCUGCACCUACAACAGCAUCAACCACAACAGCAGCCCCUACCACUAUUGCUCCUACAACUACAGCCCCUGCCACUGUUGCUUCUACAACUGCAGCACCUACAACAGCAGCACCUACAACGGCCUCACCUACAACCGGCGCUCAAACGACAGCCAAACCUACAACAGCUGCAACCACAACAGCAACUCCUACCACUAUUGCUCCUACAACUACAGCCCCUACAACACUUGCACCAACAACCGAGGCUCCUACGACUGCAGCACCUGCCACUGUUGGUCCAACAACUGCAGCACUUACAACAGAAGCAGCUACAACUAUCUCACCUACAACAAGCAAUCCAACGACGGCCACACCUACAACCGAGGCUCCUACGACUGCAUCACCUACCACUGUAGCAGCUACAACUGCCUCACCUACAACAAGCAAUCCAUCAACGACCGCACCUAA